GCGUCAAGUGAGAGAGAAAUUUCACCCGUUACUUUCCUCCCAAAACAUUCAAUCCAGACAAAGCCUCAGUAAUCUCUCUCUCUCUCUAUCGCCCUUUUCCACUUUCGGCGACAGCAAGAACAUUCUGUCAUUAUAAUCCACAGGCGCAACAGUCCUCCCAGAUCUGCUCUUUGUCUCCGUCGAAAGCUUCCAUAGAGAAGGAAGGAAACAAAGCUCAGUUAUCUACAGAGGAAGGAAGUAGGUAGGGCUUUGCUCUGCUCCAUGGAGGAGAAGCUAAUUGCCAGGCUCGAAUCGGCGGUGGCGCGGCUAGAGGCGCUGUCUACGUCGGCGUUCAGGGACCGCGGAGUUUCGGACUUUAGUGGAGCUGAUGUGACCAUCGAUCCAUCAAUUGUGGCAUUUGACGAUCUAUUGGGACAGUUCUUUGGUAGGGUUUUGGCUGCGGCUGAGAAGAUUGGUGGACAGGUGUUGGAGGUUACAAAGAUUGUGCAAGAAGCUUUUAGUGUUCAGAAGGAGCUUCUCAUUAAGGCUAAGCAAACUCAGAAACCUGAUCUUGUGGGAUUGGCUGAAUUUCUCAAGCCAUUGAAUGAAGUGAUCAUGAAAGCAAAUGCAAUGACUGAGGGAAGGAGAUCUGAUUUUUUUAACCACUUGAAGUCUGCUGCUGACGGUCUGACAGCUUUAGCAUGGAUUGCUUAUAUAGGGAAAGAUUUAGGUAUGAGCAUGCCUAUUGCACAUGUUGAAGAGAGUUGGCAAAUGGCUGAAUUUUACAACAAUAAGAUUCUUGUGGAGUACAAAAGCAAAGACCCAAAUCAUGUUGAGUGGGCUAAAGCCAUGAAGGAGUUAUAUCUUCCAGGUUUGAGGGAUUAUGUUAAGAGUCAUUAUCCCUUGGGCCCAACAUGGGGUGUUUCUGGCAAAGCACCAGUGUCUGCUCCAUCUAAAGCUCCUGCUCCUCCACCUCCUCCACCGGCUUCUCUCUUUAGCGCUGAAUCGUCCCAGCCUUCAUCAUCAAAGCCAAAAGAAGGGAUGGCUGCUGUUUUCCAAGAUAUCAACUCAAGCAAGUUGGUGACUGCAGGUCUUAGAAAGGUCACAGCUGAUAUGAAGACAAAGAACCGUGCAGAUAGAACUGGUGUUGUUAGUGCCAGUGAAAAGGAAAGCCGUACUAGUUCACCUUCUUUUUCUAAGACAGGACCUCCAAAACUUGAGCUUCAAAUGGGUCGUAAGUGGGUUGUUGAGAAUCAAAUUGGAAGAAAGAAUUUAGUAAUUGAUGACUGUGAUGCAAAACAGUCUGUAUACAUUUUUGGAUGCAAAGACUCUGUUUUGCAGAUUCAAGGGAAAGUCAACAACAUAACUGUUGACAAAUGCACUAAGAUGGGAGUUUUAUUUGUGGAUGUUGUUGCUGCUUGUGAGAUUGUAAAUUGCAAUGGUGUUGAGGUGCAAUGCCAGGGUUCAUCCCCAACAAUUUCUGUGGACAAUACAUCAGGCUGCCAGUUAUAUUUAAGCAAGGAUUCUUUGGGAGCAUCUAUAACUACUGCCAAGUCAAGUGAGAUCAAUGUUUUGGUACCAGGUGCAGAGCCUAAUGGUGAUUGGGUGGAACAUGCUUUGCCACAACAGUUCAUUAAUGUAUUUAAGGAUGGCCGUUUUGAAACAACUCCGAUCUCCCACACUGGAGGUUAAAUAGUCUUCCAUUGCAAAAUCAGGUUUUCCAGUUUCUUAGUUUUAUUUUGUAGGAUGACUGAGGGGUGUGGCUUCAACAUUUUUUCUUAGGUUGGGGGGGGGGGGGGGGGGUUGGUUGUUGUUUUCCUUGAUUCAAUUUGCUGUUAAUAUAUGAUUGUGAUAAAUUAUUCAUGCAUUUGGUUGUUCUACAUGUUUAUUCUUUGGGUAUAACCAAUUUCUGGAAAUUUCCGCAUUAUUUUUUGGUGGUGUUUGUCUGUAGACCGCUUUUCUCGUUGUGAGGGUUUUCUGACUGCGAAUUGUGUUGCAAGCUGUAAUCAGAACCAACUUUUGUAUAAUUUUACUUGUGAAAGCUUCUUAUUUAUUUGUUUUUUUUUCU